CUCUCUCCCCUUUGUAUUAUAUCUUUCUCUACACUUGGAUCGAUCGUUCCACAUGAAGAAGAUAAUAUCUCCUAUUUUGCGCUAAAUCCGGAGAAACCCUUCUCAUUUCUCUCUCAUUCUAUCCAAAACAAAUCCACUUGCGGAUAAGUGCCACGCCCGAAAAGCAAAAAAAAAGAAAAAUCUAUCCCAACAAAGCGAAUUAAGCACGUAAGAGGGUGUUACGAAUAUCCCAGCACACCAUGAUGAUCCCAACAUAAGUAGAGGAAGCCCUAGCUAGCUUGCUACUUCCUUAGCACCUAUUUGAUCCAUGGAUUGUUGGAGGGAGUCGGAGGGCAAGCGCGUGCAUGAUCCCCUAUUCUACCAUUUUCCGACGACGGAUAAUAACAACACCGACGACGACAAGGACGACGAUGAUAAAGAAAGCGAAAGCGAUAGCGAUUGCGACUGUGUGGCUGUGGAGGGGCCGAUAAUAGUCGGGGCGGGGCCGUCGGGGCUGGCGGCGGCGGCGUGCCUGAAGGAGAAGGGGAUUCCGAGCCUGAUACUGGAGCGGUCCGACUGCAUCGCGUCGCUGUGGCAGCGGAAGACGUACGACCGGCUGCGGCUGCACCUGCCGAAGCAGUUCUGCCAGCUGCCGCUCAUGCCGUUCCCGUGCGGGCUGCCGGCCUACCCAACCAAGCAGCAGUUCGUCGCCUACCUCGAAUCCUACGCCGCCCGCUUCGCCAUCCGCCCGGCCUUCGGCGUGGCGGUGGCCGACGCCUCCUUCGACGGCCAGUUCUGGCGCGUCAGGGCGCACUGCUGCAGGCCGGCGGCGGGAAAGAAGACUCGGGAGUACGUCGGGAGGUGGCUGGUCGUGGCGACGGGGGAGAACGCGGAGCCGGUGGUGCCGGAGAUCGCGGGGAUCGGGGAAUUCUCCGGGGAGGUGCUCCACACGAGCGCAUACCGCAGCGGCGAGGCCUACCGCCGGAAGCGCGUGCUCGUCGUCGGCUGCGGAAACUCGGGGAUGGAGGUCUGCUUGGAUCUCUGCAAUCACAAUGCCCAGCCCUCCGUCGUUGUCAGAGACACGGUGCAUGUCCUACCCAGGGAGAUGCUGGGUAGCUCCACUUUCGGGCUGUCAAUGUGGCUCCUCAAGUGGCUGCCCAUGCGGGCAGUGGAUCGGGUGCUCCUCCUCGUGGCUCGUCUAAUGCUCGGCGACACGGCCCGGCUCGGGCUCCCGCGGCCCCGGCUCGGCCCGCUGGAGCUCAAGUCGCUCUCCGGCAAGACCCCCGUCCUCGACGUUGGCACCCUCGCAAAGAUCAGAUCCGGAGACAUCAAGGUGUUUCCUGCAAUCAGGCGAUUCACUGAACAUGGAGCGGAGUUUGUAGACGGGAGAUCAGAGGACUUCGAUGCAGUUGUUCUAGCAACUGGCUAUAGGAGCAAUGUGCCUUCUUGGCUAAUGGAGAGGGAGAUGUUUUCGGAAAAAGAUGGGCUACCGAAGAAGCCCUUCCCGAAUGGGUGGAAGGGGCAGCACGGUCUCUACGCCGUGGGUUUCACGAAGCGCGGCUUGUUGGGCACGUCCAUGGACGCAGCGCGGAUCGCCGACGACAUCGAGCAGUGUUGGAAAGUUCAAAAGGCAAGCCAGCUUGUUAUGUCAUUCUCUUUGCCUGUGAUUAAUGUGAGUGCGUCAAACAUUACUACCACCACUACUACAUCAUCUUGUGAUCACGAUCAUAUUAGAUGAAGUGUAGAUUAUGUAUGGGGGUUGCGACAGGGUUUGAGAUUUUCUAAUUAUAAAGGGGGGUUAUUGUUUUAGUAUUGACUGGUUGUAUAUAUUAAUUGUAUACGGUUCAAUUGUUUUUUCAAAUUUGGAAUCACUGACUUGUAGAGAGAGAGAGAGAGAGAGAGAG